AUGACAUUAACCUUUUUCGAUCAAUUUGCUAGUCAAACCUUCUUAGGUAUUCCACUAAUCGCUAUUGCCCUUCUAUUACCAUGACUAUUAUUUCCAACCCCUAAUAAACGAUGAAUAAAUAAUCGACUAAUUACUAUUCAAUCCUGAUUUAUUACUCGAGCCACCAAUCAACUUAUAUUACCACUAAAUAUUGGUGCACAUAAAUGAGCCGUAGUUCUAAUUGCCCUCCUUUUAUUUUUAAUUACUCUAAACCUUUUAGGCCUUCUACCCUAUACCUUUACUCCAACUACCCAACUAUCUAUAAAUAUGGCCCUAGCUGUACCAUUAUGACUGGCCACUGUACUAAUUGGGAUGCGAAAUCAACCAACACACUCUUUAGCCCAUCUUCUACCAGAAGGGACACCGACCCUUCUAAUUCCUAUUCUAAUUAUCAUCGAAACAAUCAGCUUAUUUAUUCGACCACUAGCCCUUGGGGUUCGACUAACAGCUAACUUAACUGCAGGUCAUCUAUUGAUUCAACUAAUUUCUACAGCAACCUUUGUUAUACUACCAAUUAUACCAACAAUCGCCAUACUUACACUUACUGUAUUAGCCCUGCUAACUAUUCUAGAAAUUGCCGUCGCAAUAAUCCAAGCUUAUGUAUUUGUCCUUUUACUAAGCCUCUACCUACAAGAAAACGUUUA